UGGGGAUGAGCUGCAGGCAUUGGCGGCUGUCCCUCCUCGCCCCGCCCUGCCUCUCCUUCCAAGACAGGAGGGAUUGGAAGGGAAAGGGUGCUUCUGAGCAUGUGCAGAGGGCCUGGCAUUGCAGGGAUCACCAGCCUAUUUUUGGAGAGGAAGCCACACAGGGUUGCAUGGAUGAGCCUCGGAAGAAGAAGCUGACCAACUACACCAUUGGUCUCCUCUUUCUCUGCGGAGGGAUCGAAUAUGCGGUGAUCCUGCCAACUAUCUGGGCCUACUUGCAAUCCCUGAAUGCUGAGCCCUACUUUUUGGGUUUGGGCAUUUCUGCCUUUAGCUUCGCUGGGCUGAUCACAGGGCCGCUCUUCGGAUACUGGUCCGACCGUACCCGCCAAACCAAGGCCAUCAUCCUCUUUGCCAACUUGUUUCAGAUAGCCGGGAAUUUUAUGUACUUUGUUGGUGGUUCCAAAUGGAUGCUUCUCAGCAGUCGACUUGUGGCAGGUGUGGGGACUGGAGUGGGAGCAUCCAUCUUCGGCUACCUCACACGAUCCACCACUUCUCAGGAGCGUGCCACUGUAUUUGCCGCUGUCAUGGCUUGCCGGCAGGUUGGGCUACUCAUUGGGCCAGCCUGCAACCUCUUUCUGCGGCUCUGUAACUUCCAGAUUGGGCCCUUCACAGUCAACAAGUUCACAUCGCCUGGGCUCUUCAUGUGCCUGGUGUGGCUCCUGCUCCAAAUCCUUGUGGUGACUAUGUACUAUGAUCUCCAGCCGUCACGGUCAGGCCGUUCUCCCAGGCCUGUGCCCACAGCGGCACGGGAUGCUCUGGAAGAGGAAGAGCAGGAGCCACUCAUGAAGCACGAAGCUGGUCAAGUGGAGACGGGAAGCUAUGGCAGCACCGUGGUGGUGGAGCACCGGGAACCGUCCCUGGGGGAUGAGUGCCGGUAUGUGCCCAAUGGACACUUGGCGGAUGAGGAGGAGAAGAGCCCCUUCCAUGACUUCAGCUCUAUGAGAGAAUACUUGAGGGAAGAGGUGGUGGUCCUCCUCACUGCCCAGUUUAUCACGCUCUUCAAUCAAACUGCACUUGAGACCAUGGUAACCCCAAUCACACAGAAGUACCUGAACUUUGGGGAACUGGAGAACAGCAUCAUGUAUUUCCUGUGUGGGGUGGAGGUCAUUGGGGGCUUCUUCCUGGUGCGCUGCCUUAGCACCCGCCUGACAGACCGUGUCAUUUUGGUUCUCGGUCUCAUCAUCUGCAACAUUGCCUGCGUCUGGUGCCUGCUCUUCCUGGCGUGGCCCCGAGGUUCCUUUGCGGUCCUCCUGACGGAGCUGGUGAUUGGUGUGUUCCUACAGGUUCUAGGCUUACCUUUUGUUGCAGUCUCCCAGGUGUCACUCUUUUCUAAGGUCACGGCUGAGAGGACACAAGGGUUCAGCCAAGGCCUCCGUCGUUCCGUUGGGGGGAUUGCAACCAUUCUGGGACCUUUAUGGGCUGGAGGCUUGACGGAUAACCUCUACAUCAUGUUGGGAGUCAUGAUGGGGCUGCUGAGCUUGCUAAUGGUUAUGGUAGGACUUUCAUAUGCAUAUCUCGUAGAACCACCCAUUGGACACCUGUCACCACAAACAUCUCGAGAAGAAUGCAGCUCAUGAAGAGUCUGGUUGGUUGGAGGUGCCUUCGGAAGAAUGUGAAAUGUGCACUCACCCAGGUGUCGUUCUGACUGGUGCAGUGGACCCUUCCCAGCUGGAUCCUGGUUCCACGUUGCUCAUCUCCUGGUGGGAUGGGAGGCAGGCAAGAGCUUGGAUUCAUCAAAAGGAGAGC